AUGUUCAAGAUCACCGCCCUGAUUGUGUGCCUGGUCGUUGCUGCCCUGGCCUACGAGGAUAGCCAUCCGAGCUACAAGUACGAGUAUGGAGUUAAGGACGGACACACCCACGACCACAAGAGCGCCUGGGAACACCGUGAUGGUGACCACGUCACUGGACAGUACACCAUUGAUGAGGCCGAUGGAACCCACCGCGUUGUGGACUACAGCUCGGACCACAAGACCGGAUUCCAGCCCCAUGUCCAGCGAGUUGGUCAUGCCCAUCAUCCCCAUGGCGAGAGCUACUCCAACAUUAAGCAGCACUAUUAA